AGAACAGACAGGAUGUAGCAAGGUUUGUUUUGAUUUUAUCUGUUAUUUACAGGAAGAGAAAACUCACGUAACUUGGUUUUAAGUAGUUUUAUAAAGGAGAAAUAUGUAAAACGCACUUUGCAGCCAGGAGUCAUUACAUCAUUAUCUGGCUCAUCGCUCCCAACUGAGACAUCUUGAGAAAACCAGACAGGGAACCAGGAUUAUUCUUUCAACAUGGCGUAUCGACAUAAUCGAAAAUCGAUUAGAGAGGCGUAUGAAGAGUAUUUCCCAUCAAUGGAUACAAGAGAGGUGAAAGUUCAUCGGGUCGUCAAUAUUGUUGAAAAGAGGCCGGGGUUGAACUACGACAGAGGCUUUCAUGAUGACCAGUGGUAUGGCAGUCCUCGCAAUUACCAGGAUUCAAGAGAAUGUCACGGUGAAGGCAGUUACCCACCCAGUGAUCGUCGAUACUUUGAUGAAAACUCCAAUUUUGGCAAUUUUCGCAGAAAUUCCUCACCCCCACGAAAUGAGGGCCCAUACUCUCAACAGUGUUAUGGCAGAGAUGAUUUGAGACAUCAAAUAGGGUCAAGGCACAAUGGCAGACCUGGUCCCUAUUUCCGUAACAGAGGUCGAGGAUCAGGCCCUCCUCAUAGGUCUGUGGUGGACAGAAAAGCCAAAGAGGACCAUGAUGACUACAGGAACUCUCAGCCUGUUGUAAUCAUGCGGGACCGCUCCCCCCUGAGAAGGGAAAUUCAGCCACGUGGGCGCUCAGGGUCAAACACCAGCAAUAGGAGUUUCUCCCCUGACAGGGACAAAAGCCACACCUACCAACAGACCCAGCAAAAGCAUAAGUCCAAUGUGUCAGUGAGCCACACUCCCAGUAACUCUAUGGAUGGGUCUCCGCACAGCUCAGGAUCUUCAAAGGAAAAAACUCCUGCAUCUGUAGUGGAGUCGGAGGAGGUGGUGGCUGCCAGCAUGGAGCCAAAGCCGACACCAGCGGAAGACUUAAAGACUCGCCGGUUGGAGGCCAUUAAGGCUAAGGCUCUGGAAAUUGAGAAGAUGCCGAGUGGAGCAAUUAAUCACACUUUGGAGUGACCACAGAACAAAUCAAGAGCAUGUAAAAUAGCAGCUCCAACAACAGGAACUCAGAAAAUAUCCAUUCAAAACAUAGCUAAGUGCCUGGGAGUGAUUUUCAGAGAAGUCCGUUCAUCAUCUCAAUCAGUGCAAAUGAAACAUAUCCAUUUCAACUAUUGGCCCCACCAUCGAGAGGUCCGGUUUGCAGCUUGAGUGAUUAAAAUGGCUCUUUUAAUAUCCCCUAAUGUGUACCAGCCCUCAAGUCAUUACCCUACUUCCCUUAUUAUGCAGGACCCCUGCCUGCAUCAGUGCUCAUUUGAACAGAGCCUCACUAAAUGUCUAUGUGAGUGCCUUAUGCAUAAUCUCACUCAAACCCUUAACUUCCCAGCCCCCACACGGUAUCCAGGCGCACACUCCCAUCAGUAUGUUCACAAUUUGGACCUCCACAAACAUCCGAUUUGGGCAGAAGCCCACUUUUUAAGGCAACUCCUUAAGGCCCCUAGUGUUGCUGUUUCUCUUGGGGCUCCAGCCCGUCCUGUGUGGCCCCUUAGUAUCAGGCUUAAAGAUCAGCUCAUAGCUCCCACUCCAGGGAGGAAACUUACUGCAACCUUUUCUCACAGCACAAAGAGCACUGCUCAGGUCAAAAGCACCCUUCCUGUUUGUUCAAGUAACAUGGGAGCAGUUUUUACAAAAAUAGUAGGCUGUUUGAAGUCACUGCAAUUGUUUGGUAUGGUAGUAAAUGCGGAGUGAUGCUCUUCAUCUCAAACAAAUUUACAUGCAUAGUCAUGAUAGCUCACAGUCUUCUAAGCUCCAAUAUCAUCUAGGGAAAUCUCUUAAUAUGAGUUUGUAGUUCAUUAUAAGGCCAUUUUUCAGCCCUUUCCUCAUCCUAUUUUGAAACUCUCAGUUGUGUAAAACUGUAUAUUGGACAUAAUGAAGUGAAAAUGUAAUCACUGUCAACAAAGGCUGUAGCUUGGGAAAAGCUUAGGAAGGUUUUGUUUUGAAAGAUGGCAAACAUAAUCAACCCUAAGUGAUUAGAGGGGCACUGGUUUUGUGGGACACACACCACAUGUUUGUGUCUCAUUUAGCCCAUGUUUCCUCUCACAUCUUCAAACCUGGAACCAAUUUUUGCUCCUCCCAAAUAAUGCUCACUUAGUGAAAAUGUUUAACAAAGGAGAAAUCUGCACUUAAGACAUAUUGGUGUAGAAAUCCACCUGAAAUCAUGGUUGUAUAUUAUUAAAUUCAUAUUAUAUAGUAAAUGAGAUCCAGAAUAGCCUGAGACAGGGAAGCUAAUACUGUAUGCGGACAGUGAAGGAAACCUGUUUUGUGGAAUGAAGUUGACCCUGAGCUCAGCUGGCCACACGUGUCGUGAGUCUCUCACUUCCUUGUGGUUGGCGGUGAGGACUAUCAUUAUGUGGGGCCACGAAUUCGCUUGACAUGAUCUGCAGACAUUAAAGCAUCAGCCUAGGUCCAAACAUCUCCCACAGUCUAGGAUAUUUCUGUCGAAAUUUUCUAGACUUGCCUUUCCCGUGUGUGUAUUUACAAUGCAUGCUGUGAUACAGCAGUAAUAUAACCUGCAUUGCAUUAAUAUUCAUAGUCAUAAUAGUUAUUCUAUCCUACAAUGGCAUAUGAUACAUUGUUCCUGGUACCUGGCACAAACAAUGUUCUAAACUCAUGUAGUGUAGUGCAGAAUGUGGGUUAGGGAUGCAGGAAUGAAUAGAUAAGUGAGAAUAAAAUAUUUGAGCAUGCUGUAGCUAGUUCAGCAGGGGAAUUAUCAAGGGGAGAGAGAGAAAAGUGGAAUGAAAAAAGUGAUAAAGAAGAACUGAAGUCAUAGGAGCUGGAGGCAUAGUAGUUCUUUUAAACACCAUUCUAAUUAUCAGGUAGUGCACAAAAUAGAGACCCUUCAUUUUCUCCCACCAGACUUUAUGUGUGUAAUUUUAUAAUUUCACAUAACCUGAUUUAGCCUACUCUGGCCCCAGUCUGACUUGAACAAAAAAAUGUGCAUCUGGGUUUUUUCCCCCUCCCCAACAGGUAUUCUCUGUAACCUCUCAGCCUUAUGCUUUUUAAGCAUGGGACCUUUCUUUUGUGUAGUUGUCAUGUGGAGAAUUGUUUCUAUCCUUCUUGUUUCAAACUGAAUGUCAUAGUAUUUUUGUUUCUUUGACCUUUUCUGUGUGUUCAAAGCCCCACCCAGCUGAGCUCCCUCCUAGGUUUUGAUGGAAAAGACCAUCUUGAUACUGACUGUGACAUAUUUCUUGGUUUCUUGAAAUAUUAUAGACUCACAGUCCUACACUGGCUUUUUUCCCCUUCUCACUUAGUAAUGACAGUCAUGGUGUAUGACCAUAUUGCAGACACUUAUUUUGCUCAACCCUCAAGAAAUUUUCAUCAAGUACAGUUAAGUCACGAGAUUGUGAUAGAAUUAAUUUACAAGAGUUCUUGUGAUCACUACUCAAAUUGAUGGAUACAUGAUCAUGACUUAGCCUAGAUACACAUUAUGUAAUGUGUAUCUAGGCAAAGAAACAGCACUUGUGGUUUUAAAUUUGCCCAUAGCUGACAGAACCCUGGAAUAUGGCCUUUUCACCGGUUAACCUCACAUUCUGCUCAAGACUGGACACUGAUUUAAGUUGACAGGCAACAUUUUUCCUGUCAAAAUUACCAAAGCUUAUGUUUUAUUGCAUUUAACAGAGAAUUAAUGUUAGAUGAGAUACUGUCAACAAAUUUUUUUGUUCCACAACAAAGGGCGGCGCAGCCCACAUUCUUAAGAUGACUAUGCAGAUGAAAAUGACACAGAUACACAGUACCCCUGAGGAAGAUAAACAGUUUGAUUAAGCCACUACUUUGAAAAAGUAGCUCAUAUCUCCUAACACUUGAGUAAAACUGACACAGAGAGUGACCUCCAUCUGACCAAGUGAUCUCCUGCAGCCCAGCCAAAAAUGUUUUUGGAGGUAAAUAUGUCAAUUAUGGCUUUACACAAUUGCCUGUUUGUAUGUAGGCAUUAUCUAAUAUUUAGUAGUAAUUGGAUUUGAUUUCUUACAGCAGAGUGGUUGUUUUGAAGCCAUAAGAAAGCAUUCUGUCUGCCCCAGUGACUAAUUUGAGGGGAGCGGUGAUCUGGGCCGUAUUAACUCAACCUUGUUGUCCCAGGUUGCUCCUUGACAGGGUAGUGUAGCCCUAAAACUCUCUGCAGCGUCAGUGUAGGGCCCCACAUUUAGCCUUUUCUCCCCAGGUGAUAAAGAUGUUGUGAGCUUGCACCUGGGACUCUAAUAAAGAACUUAACAGCCGUUUUGGUUCAGCAGUAAAAUCCGAGAGGGAUGUGAGAGAUUGUUACAAUGUGGUGUGAAAGAAUGCUACAGCACCACUAACAUACUCUGACACCUCAUGUUCCUUUUGUUAUGGGCGGACAUGCACUUGAAUAGGCUCGCUUACACACAUUCACACACCUGUUUCAUAGAAUACACCAAUUUACCAGAACGGGUUCAUUAAGUUUGCAGUUAGGCGUCGGAAGUCGGUCUGUAGAAUUCAAAGAGCUGUCAGAUGGAGCUGCUCACUUGUUUAUGAGCUCAGUUCAAUUUUUGCUGAAUGGGACUUUAAAAUUAAAUUGCUGAUUCAUAAACUUAUGGAUUUCAUUUAAUACAAAGUGAAUAUUUAAACAACCCUGAAUGACUUGUAAAUGUUCUGAGUGCCUUGAGGACAGACCAUAAUCCAUAAAGGUUGGGUUUGCUUUUCUACACUUUAUACUCAUGAAUAUUAACAUCCAUGAUGUGAUUGUUCUGU